AUGGAGGAUUUUGGGAAUCACGCAGGCUUUGGUGGAGAUGAAGAACAAGAUCUUCUGGGAAACCCUUACUUGCCCGACCAGCUUCAAAUCAAUGAUUAUUAUCAUAUUUUUGCUAACCCUAGUCUGGGUUUACAAGGCCAUGAUGAUCUCUUUCGGUUUCAAAACCCUACUAGUUCUUCUUCCCAGGGAUAUCUCCAUGAAAGCCUUGACGAGUGUUUUGGUCGGAUGAAUCUGAACCAGACGUGGAACGCCAAUGAUUUUGGGUCCAGUCCCAUGUUUCGCGACGGUUUCAACGGCAGAUAUCUUAACUCCACCACGUCUCUCGGUGGUCAAACCACCGUUCAAUCUGUGAAUCCCAUUGGAAGUACUUUCAUCGACGAUGGCUUGCAUAACGUCAAUUGCUUCCCGUUCCAAAACCCUCUGCCGAUCGACGUGAUGUCGCCGUCAAUGCACAAUCGGCAACGGGUUAUUAAUCCCAAUAGGCCGUGUCUGGUUCAUGAGCGGUCGAGAUUUUCGUGGUCGUGGUUGAGGGAACUGAGAGGGAAGGUCUGUCAGGUGGCCAAGGAUCAGAAUGGGUGCCGUUUCUUGCAGGAGAAAUUGGAAAAUCCAAUGAUAACUGGUGAAGAAAUUGAGAUGAUUUUCAUGGAGGUUAAGGACCAAUUGCAUGCGUUGAUGGUUCAUCGGUUUGGUAAUUAUCUUAUCCAGUAUCUGUCCAAAGCUGCCGAUCAAGUGAUAAGGACUCAGCUCCUUUUCUUGCUUGUUCGUAGCCCUCAAAGGUUCCUUGAAGUUUGCACUGAUAUUCACGGGAGCCGGACAAUACAGAAAGUAAUGGAGUGUAUCACCACCAAUGAACAAAGAUGCAUGCUUCUCUCUUCUUUGAAGCCUAUUGCCUUUAUCCUGAUAAACCACAGCAAUGGUCAUCAUGUAAUUCAACAAUGCUUGUAUAAUUUCUCACAUAAAGAAAUACUGCAUUUUACGAAUGUAGUUGUAGCGCACUGUAUCGAGAUUGCUACCAACAAAAGCGGCUGUUGUCUGCUGCAAGAAUGGUUGGUCCAUGUUGAUGCUAAAGAUCAAGGCCGUUUGCUCGAUCAGAUUAUCGCCAACGCCUUGCUUCUUUCCGAAAACGAAUUCGGUGCAGUUUGUGAUCAAAACGAGAAAUCGUUAUGCUACGGCAGCAAUAAUCGGUCAGCUCAAAGGGAGCUUUGUUGCACUUUCCUUCAACAAGUAUGCAAGCAAUGUGGUUGA